GCAUACUUUAUAAUAUUUUUUAAGUGCAGGGAAUCUUCAGGCGAAGGUCGAUUUUCUUCGUUGAUACACAGAGUACAAACAAUUUUCUGUGAGGAUAGGGUUUAUUGAUCUACAACAAACUUAGACAAUCUGAAGCCAAUCUCCGGAAUUCCUUGGGUUAAUUAUGCCCAGUGGACUGCAUCCGGGGCUGACCAUUUGUCGGGUCAUGCGUCAGACAUUGAAAUUGAAACUUGGAAUGAAGUCGGGAUCGGCGUACCAGUUUUCCUCUAAAAAUUCCCAAUGGCAGCAAACAAUGGCUGAGUGCGGAGACGACGUAAUUUUCCAGUCGUCGCUUGACAUCAACAAAAAGACGCACCAGGUCCAGCUGACAAGGACGCACAUAACAUGGGACGUCGCCUCCCCAGGAAAACCGUCCCGGCAAGCAGACAGCCCGUCAUCCCAGCCAUUUAUCGGUCAUUCGCAGUGUAAGCACGUACCACUGCAAGAGGUGAUCGCUGUCAAUAUAGAACGCAGUCUCAACAAGAUCUUCACACCGAAACCGAAUAAAAAGACGAAGAAUGCAUCCACCCCACUGAAGGACUCGCCCAUAUACAUUGAGCUUCAACCAGUCCAUGCAGUCUCCUUCUCUGUCCACGUCGUCAAAAGAUGUCCCAACCACAAAUGGAAAAAGAAAAAGGUCACGUUUUUCUGUCAAGAAGAAAACUUAUGUCGCACAUGGGUGGAGAAAUUGGAGGAAGCGCUCUCCAAUCCAGUCUUAAGGAGACCGAGAAGUCUACUGGUGUUUGUGAAUCCUUAUGGGGGAAAGAGAAGGGCCCCUCGUGUCUACGAAGAGUCGGUGGGGCCUCUCUUUGACCUGGCCAAAAUCAAGACCCACGUCAUCACUACCACACAUGCAGGGCAUGCAAAAGACGUCCUAUCUAAGUACGAUUUGCAGUCAGUGGAUGGUGUGGUUUGUGUGGGUGGGGACGGAAUGUUCACAGAACUUCUGAACGGCCUGAUCAACAGGAGGAUGUCUGAGGUGGGGAGGACACAGGAUGUCACGGAACAGCCGAUAGCCCCGGACCUUCGGAUUGGAAUUAUUCCUGCAGGUUCUACAGACGCCAUAUGCUACUCCACAACAGGGAUCAAUGACCCGGUGACGUCAGCUCUGCAUAUCAUUAUAGGUGACCGUAUAGCUCUCGACGUGUGUUCAAUCUACAAUGGGAACCAGUUUCUACGUUACAGCUCUUCAAUGUUGGCAUAUGGUUACUAUGGUGACAUGUUAAAAGACAGUGAAAAUAACAGAUGGAUGGGACCAAAACGUUAUCAAAUCGCAGGUGCAAAGAAAUUUCUGGCCAACAGGUCGUAUGAGGGGGAGGUAUCCUUUAAACUGGCAUCCUCCUCUGAUACCAAUCCGCUGGACAAAAUCACCUGUCACUCAGGGUGCAACAUAUGUGCAAUGAGUAAGCACUCUCAGGAGGAAAAAGGAUCUGAUGGCUGGCACACAGUGCGCGGGAAGUUUUUGGCGGUUGCUAGCUUCACCAUGAGCUGUCGUUGUUUAAUUAGUCCCAUUGGCCCCUCCCCCUACUGUCACCUUGGUGACGGAACAACAGACUUGCUCCUGAUACAGCAGUGUUCCCGUAUACAGUUCUUACGUCAUCUGUACAGGUGCUCCACAACCAAUGGCAACCAGUUUGACUUGCCCUUCAUCAAAGUGUUUCGGGUCAAGGAGUGGAGUUUUACAGUUCCUGAGAUUUCAGACUCGGACAGUGAUGUCCAGUCCCAAUCUUCAUCAUCCAGUCGAGCGAGUCGUUCAUCGACACACAGCGUAUGGAACUGUGAUGGAGAGGUGAUCACCUCCACCAGCCUCAACAUCAGAGUCCAUUGUCAGCUGGUGCAGCUGUUUGCCCGGGGGAUAGAGGAAACUGAUGGAACAGCCACUCAGUGUUGCACUUCCUGUUGUAAUGUGUGCGACCCUGAGGAUAAGUACACCAGUAUAGGAGGUCACACAUGAGUGAUUACAAGAAUAGGGGUCACACGUACCAGAGGUCAAAGGUCUCUACAUGAUUGUGUGAGAAAUUCCCAAUGGUCCAAUAUGUGAUAAGUGUUACAUUGCAUAGGGAGUAAAUCACUUCUGCUGUUCAGUGGAGACUGUAUGCAUCCCUGUUGUUUUCGUGUUAUAGCUUAGUUUUAUUUCAAGAGGAAAAAUGUUUUCCCCACGGACACAACCACGAACAGGUUGUUGUGAAAUGUCCCCCACAGAGACAAUUAUGUACAAGUUGUGGUGAACUGUCCCCCACAGAGACAACUAUGUACAAGUUGUUAUUGUGAAAUGACAGUUACUUGGUCUGUGAUAUUAUUUAUGAAAUUUUAAUGUAAUAUUUUGUAUGUGUACGUGUAUUUUACUAGAGAUGCAAUAACGACGGGUAUUGUUUGUACGGGCCAGGAGCCACAGGACAGAGACACGCCCACUUUUAAUCUCAGUUUCACGUUCUUAUCGUAAAAACAUGCUUAUGAGGUAGCGGUUCUGAUACGCUAUAAUUGUAUAUAUCCAGUAGGUUGAUGAUAAGUUAUAAAACUCAAGGGAAUAGAAAUCACUUUGCCGCUGGAAGCAUACAUGUUCACUAAAACCGUGUUUUUCUGUAAGUGUACAUGUUCACUAUAACCGUGUUUUACUGUAAGUGUACAUGUUCACUAUAACCGUGUUUUACUGUAAGUGUACAUGUUCACUAUAACUGUAUGUGAGAUUGACAGCGGUGAGUCUGAGAUCAAAAUUAAGCUUGUCUCGGUUGUAUGACCCUGGAGCCAGAUGUAUUCGAGAAUGUGAUGUCUGACAGCUGUUGGCUUUGCUGUAACUGUUCUGACAAGGAUUGCCAUUUCUGUGUUAUGGUGCCGCAAUAUAAAUUCAAGUUUGAUUAUGAAAACAGAAAAUAUGGGUAAAAAAUUAGUGUCUUCAGCAGAGUAGCUAUUUGGUGAUUAUGUUAAUUACACAAAUCGCUUUUAUAUUUGCAAAAGCAAUUAUUAAGAAACAGAAUUGGUUGAGGGGGGGGGGGAUGAUGGUAACUAUGAGAGAAUAUUGACAGGGUCUUAAGAUGGGGCUCUGAUGCUGAUAGUGUCUCUAUCGUUUUAAAUCACCUGUGUUGGGACCAGAUUUUCAUAGUUCUGCCUAAUUAAGGACAAUCCAUUGUAUCGGAGAUGUUGUGGUGAUAUUGUGUGAUGACAAAUGGUGUAAAUUUUUAUGAAUGGUGUUGUUCCAGUCUGAUGUCAGAUGGGGUUGUAGCAUACAUCCUGGUCGUUUGAUUUUCAGCGACCUCGGACGGGAAGGAAACAACAGGUAUUUUAUAAACGUAUUGGGGGGAAACUCAACAGGCCGUCCUUAAACUCCUCUGUUUCAAUCUAUGUCUCUAGGAGUUUUUGUGAUCUGUGUCUCUAAGAGUUUGUGUUAUCUGUGUUUCUAGGAGUUUUUGUUAUCUGUGUCUCUAGGAGUUUUUUUGUGAUCUGUGUCUCUAGGAGUUUGUGUGAUCUGUGUAUUUAGGAGUUUGUGUGACCUGUGUCUCUAGGAGUUUGUGUGGAGCGUGUUGUAUCCACUGAUUGGCAAGAGAGUCUUUGUUUCAGCUUAUUUUAUUUUUAACAUUUGAAGGUAGGAUUUACAGAGUUUGUGAAAAUAAUUGCAACAGUAAAAUGCAUACAGUAUAGGUACAUAAUGAACUUAAAGUAUUGUGUAGAACAAAUAUUUUUUAAUACGUAGUCGUGACUAUGACAUAUUUUUGUAAACUCGCAUUGUUCAAUGUGAGGUUCCAGAUCUCCAUUAUUUUUGGGUGCAUGUCGACGUAAAAUCUCGCGUCUGAAAUCUAGAGGAAUGCAAUAUUGUGAUAAGUCAGCUUAUCUAAAAUCCGCAUCAAUGCAAUGCCUUGGCACAUGUUUAAUUUUUCACUUAUAUACCAGAUCAAUGCAAAUGAGAAGCAUUCAAUGCAAUAUUUGAUUUGAUUUUUGUUAAACUUUUAGGAUUAAAGUUUAUCAGUAUGAAAACAUAGGAACAUAUAAUUAUAUUUACAUUUAAAUUAGAACUUGUAUCUGCAUUAUGUGUAACACAUCUAGAUUAGAACAUGUAUAUAGAUUAGAACAUGUAUAUAGAUUAGAAAAUGAUAAUAUACAUUGUAAAGGUACAGUGUAUGUUAAUUAGAGCGUGAAAACAAAAUUAGAGAGUGAAAACAAAGUCAGAAUGAGAGAAUGAAGUCAGAUUUAGAGGGUGAAGACAAAAUUAGAGGAUGAAGACAAAAUGAGAGGGUGAAGACAGAAUUAGAGGGUGAAGUCAGAAUUAGAGAGUGAAGACAGAAUUAGAGAGUGAAGUCAGAAUUAGAGGGUGAAGACAGAAUGAGAGAGUGAAGUCAGAUUUAGAGGGUGAAGACAGAAUGAGAGAGUGAAGUCAGAUUUAGAGGGUGAAGUCAGAAUUAGAGGGUAAAGACAGAAUUAGAGGGUGAAGACAGCAAAUGUUGUCUUUUAGGAUUCAAUGUCGUCAUUAUAUUACAAUAUUACAUACACUAGGUGUUCGUAAACACAUUUUUGAAUGUUCUCAAUAAAUGUUAGAAUAUGCAGUGCUCCCUCGAUAUAAUGCCCCCCGUUAUAAUGCCACCCUUGCUUAUUGCCUGAAAAAUUUAAAGAACAUUUCUCCCCAUGUUAACACCCUCGUUAUAAUGCCAACCCCGCAUAAUGCCAUAUGUCACUGAUUUUCACAAACAGUCAAAUUUUAUAGGGUUUACCCUAGAUAAUAAUGCCAAUGACCUUAUGCGCAUCGGUAAUUACACCUGUACUAUGAGAGCAGGGGGUGAAAUGUGAGGAGCCGGACAAGGUAUGCAGGUCAAGUUAAUUACAAGUAAUUGCUGAAUUAAACUCAAGGUCAUCUGAAUGUUCAUACUGAAUGGAGCACAAAUAAAUUUACAGAAUUUAAUUUCUUAUGACUGCGCAGUGAAUUGUCUGUAAUGGUGAAUUCGCUAUUAUCGGUCUUGAACAGAAAUUAGCAAUACAUCAAGGGAGCACAGUAACUCUAGAAUUUAUUUGUGACAUUUUAUGGGGUUCAUAUGUUAAACUUCCUCUAUGACAUUGAAUGAAACAUUUGUGCUUUAACAAGUAUGUAAGGAAUUGCGAGCUGGUUGUACAAAUUUUUUUAUAACAUGUAUACAGUUUAAAUGUGGACCAUCAUAAUACAAUAUUUAAACAUUACAAAAACUGAAAUCAAAAGAGCUUAGAUGUGACAUUUUAUUUUUAAUUGCACUGUUUCUGUUUAUUCAUCUGUGCAGCUUAAUCAUUUUGCAGUUGUUCUUUGACUUAUUUGCUUGAUGUGCAUACUGUCAGUAGUAGUACAUUUCAUUGUGUCAGACAUUUCAGGUGUUUAGAUUGUAGCUACAUUUCAUUGUGUCAGACAUUUCAGGUGUUUUGAUAGUAGGUACAUUUCAUUGUGUCGGACAUUUCAGGUGUUUUGAUAGUAGGUACAUUUCAUUGUGUAGGACAUUUCAGGUGUUUUGAUUGUAGGUACAUUUCAUUGUGUCGGACAUUUCAGGUGUUUUGAUUGUAGAUAUAUUUUUUGGUAGAAUUUCUAUGUGUACAUUCCUAAAGCUGCAGUGUUUGUCAUCGUCUGUCAUUGUUCUUUUGUUUGUCAUCGUCUGUCAUUGUUCUCUUGUACUUGGACAUUAGAUAUAUUUUUAGAAAUCAAAUGCAAUGAUGAUGAUGACGCGGCAAAAUAUCAAACAAUGCAAGAUUUUUAUCCUAUUUGUGAAGAAACUAUUUUUGUGAUUGUGUGUGAAAAAUAUGUAAACAUUCAUAUAAGCUCAUCUAGAUAAACAGUAGAAUUAAAACUCAUCUAGUUAUAUACAGAAUCAGAUUGCAGAUAAAAACACACAGAUUCUUGGAUUGAUGUAAAAAGUGGGAUACAUUCUGGCCUCCUUAAGGUGCAGAAGAGAAAAUUAACAUAGGUGAAGUUACAUGUAUAUUCAACAGAAAUUUCUCUAUAGAUAUUUGAAAAUAUGGGGAUAGUCCCCACCCCUUACCAUUGCAAGCAAGUAACUAAUAGUUGGUUAUAACAGUCCCGCAGGUAAAUCAGUUGUUAAUUAUAACAGUCCCGCGGGUAAAUCAAUUGUUAAUUAUAUGUCUGUGAUUAAGCAGGUAAUCAGUUCUUAAUUAUAAGCAGGUAAAUUAGUUGUUAAUUAUAAGUGUGAUUAAGCAGGUAAUUAGUUGUUUAAUUAUAAGUGUGAUUAAGCAGGUAAUUAGUUGUUUAAUUAUAAGUGAGAUUAAGCAGGUAAUUAGUUUAAUUAUAAGUGUGAUUAAGCAGGUAAUUAGUUGUUUAAUUAUAAGUGUGAUUAAGCAGGUAAUUAGUUGUUUAAUUAUAAGUGUGAUUAAGCAGGUAAUUAGUUGUUAAUUAUAAGUGUGAUUAAGCAGGUAAUUAGUUGUUAAUUAUAAGUGUGAUUAAGCAGGUAAUUAGUUGUUUAAUUAUAAGUGAGAUUAAGCAGGUAAUUAGUUUAAUUAUAAGUGAGAUUAAGCAGGUAAUUAGUUGUUUAAUUAUAAGUGAGAUUAAGCAGGUAAUUAGUUGUUUAAUUAUAGGUAAUUAGUUGUUUAAUUAUAGGUAAUUCGUUGUUAAUUAUAAGUGAGAUUAAGCAGGUAAUUAGUUGUUUAAUUAUAAGUGUGAUUAAGCAGGUAAUUAGUUGUUUAAUUAUAAGUGAGAUUAAGCAGGUAAUUAGUUGUUUAAUUAUAGGUAAUUCGUUGUUAAUUAUAAGUGUGAUUAAGCAGGUAAUUAGUUGUUAAUUAUAAGUGAGAUUAAGCAGGUAAUUAGUUGUUUAAUUAUAGGUAAUUCGUUGUUAAUUAUAAGUGAGAUUUAUUAAAGCAGGUAAUUAGUUGUUUAAUUAUAAGUGUGAUUAAGCAGGUAAUUAGUUGUUUAAUUAUAAGUGAGAUUAAGCAGGUAAUUAGUUGUUUAAUUAUAGGUAAUUCGUUUUUAAUUAUAAGUCUGGAGUUCAGCAGGUAAAUCAGUUGUUGAUGUCAGUUUCAUUAAUUGAUUAGAAUAGCCCACAUAAUGUUGUAUCUUCACAUCCACAUCAGAAUGGUGGGCUACCAUGUCUAAUUAAUUCUAGCUAUAUUACAUGUCUAAUUAAUUCUAGCUAUAUUACAUGUCUAAUUAAUUCUAGCUAUAUUACAUGUCUAAUUAAUUCUAGCUAUAUUACAUGUCUAAUUAAUUCUAGCUAUAUUACAUGUGGUAUGCUAUGAUGUCUAAUUAAUUCUAGCUAUAUUACAUGUCUAAUUAAUUCUAGCUAUAUUACAUGUGGUAUGCUACGAUGUCUAAUUAAUUCUAGCUAUAUUACAUGUCUAAUUAAUUCUAGCUAUAUUACAUGUGGUUCAAUAUCACUUGGUUGUGAUGAUUUGGUGAUGAAAUGUUAAAAAUUAUCAAAAAGGACAAUUUUCUUUUCUUUUUUUCACAAUUGAUAUGCCAGGAAUUUAUGUGUUUGUGUAGUUUUACUGGUAUAUUUUAUUUAAAUGUAAGAGUUAUUUGCGAGAUAAUAGUUGGUUAAUAUGAACUAGAUGUUCGGGUCACUGGGUCCUGUGCAUUGCAGUUUUAUUUUAUUGGGUAUGAAUACAAGUCCUGUAGAUCUGGGAGCUUGUUCCAGCAAGCUAUAGCAUUUUGAGAAUCAAAAAAAACAAAAACAAAAAAAAAACCCAACAAAUAUUCAAAUCAGUAUACUAUGAAGAGACAAUGGUAUAGUUAUCUCGGUGAUAAGAGAAAUGUAGUUAUUUUUAUACAAUACUAUUUUCUGUAAUACUUGUACAACUAUUUUUUUUUUUUAUUUUUAAGAAUGUAUGUGGAUUUUUUCUGCAGUAGUGAUCGAACAGAAACGACUAGGUAUCGUUUUUAGCAACACAGAGUACAUUUCGGAAAGAAAAAAAUUCCUUUUUGAAAAUAUAUGAAGGCAAGAACUGUGGCACUUGACGGGGGGGGGGGGGGGGGGGGUACUUCACGAAGCCCAUAGCAUUCUGUUCACGCCCUCAUGUUUUUUCAAACACGAAAUUGUAUGUUUUAUACAUUUUACUUUCAUUUCUUUUGGAAUAUUGCUAGCUGUUGAAAUAAUCGUACUAUAUUUAUCAAGAUUCAUACGCACUGUUCACAUUCAUAAGGAAUGACUUAUAUUUCAAUUGGUGAAGAUAACAAAUUCAUAAACAUUGGAAAUAUUAAUAUUUUCCUUUGAGCCAUCAAUGCAAAGAGAACGCACCACGUUGACAGGAGUUUCCAAAUGUUUUGUCAAAUUGCUGAGAUUAUUUUUUGUAGCAUAUCCUUUGAUGAAAUUGUCACGUUUUUCAUUGCAUCAAAUAACCAGAAUAUGUUAUUGUGUUUUAUAAUUUGUUUCACGCAAUGUUAAUAUUUGUUUUCUGCUCUUUAUCAGACAUCAUCAGAGAAAUAACUUUGUUUUGCUUUUGUCUUAAUUUAUGGAAAAUAAAACUUAGAGAACCAG